AUGGCGCACACGAAAGCCACCCGCCGCGUGCUGCCUGCGGCCCUGGCGCUUGUGGUGGGCCUUGUUUCCUUCGAUUCCGCCUUCAUUGCUCCCGGUGCGAGCCCAUCCAGGCCUGCAAUGCCGCGCAUGGAGCGUGCUGGACCCCUGCCGGAGCAGAUCGACGCUGGGACGUCGGUGCCUCGCGCUCGCCGGGCUGCAGUUGUGGCUGCGCUGGCGUUGCUGGUGCUGGCUCCUCGGGCGCGCGCCGUGGAGGAGAUGAGUGACGCGGCCGUCACCGAAGCCGCCAAGUCGCUGAGCAAAUUCGAGCAGAGAGUCCUGCUGGAGGCUGCGACCGAGCCGGCGUUCACUGGUAAGACCACCAAUGGCUACGCCUGGGACAACAAGGAGGAGGGGACCUACGUGUCACCGAUUAGUGGCCAGCCGCUCUUCUCCUCAAAGGCGAAGUACAACAGUGGUACGGGGUGGCCUUCUUUCUGGGCCCCCGUCAGCUCCGAUACCGUCUUGGAGCGCACAGACCCGGGCGACAUGGAUAACUUGCCGAAGAUGUUCUGGCGCACUGAGGUCCUUGACCGUGCCUCGGAAACACACCUUGGCCAUGUCUUCGAUGACGGUCCUCCGCCUACAGGCAAGCGAUAUUGCAUCAAUGCUGCUGCGCUGAAGUUCGUGCCUGGCACAGCACCGGAGGGCGACCCCAAGCAGGCCUCGAAAUGGGGCCCUCUCUCCCUGUUCUCCUGA